AUGUCGGCGACAAAUUCCAAUUUGGUGAGCUUUUCCCUGGGGGCUGCUGCAGGGGUUGCUGCCUGUGGCACCUUGUACUGGGCACUGCAGAAGCAGACGUCCCCGAGAGCAGCACGGCCGAACAAUGUCAACGGCAUUUCGGAGACGGAGCCAAAGGAAGUGUCGAAGCACGUAGAAGCCGAGACACCUCCACCGGCUACACCUGCAGCUCCUGAAGACCGCCCGGCAGAUGCACCAGAAAGUUGCCCUGGUGUCAGCAGUGAGCAGGCAGGUAAAAGUUCUUCGUGCGCCGGCUGCCCCAAUCAAGCCUUGUGUGCAUCUGGCGAAGCGAAGAAGAAGGACCCUGCCGUAGCCGACGUUCAAGAGCGUCUCAGUGCAGUGAAACGCAAGAUUUUGGUGUUGUCCGGAAAAGGCGGCGUUGGAAAAAGCACAGUUUCUGCGCAGCUUUCAUUCGGAUUCUCUGGGCGCGGAAUGGAUGUUGGACUGCUAGAUGUGGACAUCUGUGGCCCAUCAGUGCCGAGGAUGCUUGGCCUCCUUGGCCAGGAUGUCCACCAGAGCAGCGAAGGCUGGUCACCAGUCUACGUUGAUGACCACCUGGCGGUGAUGUCGAUCGGCUUCAUGCUGCCAAAUCAGGAUGAUGCCAUUAUUUGGCGUGGGCCUCGUAAGAAUGGUCUGAUCAAGCAGUUCCUGACUGACGUAAACUGGGGUGACCUGGAUGCCCUCAUCAUUGACACUCCUCCUGGCACGUCGGAUGAACACCUUUCCAUUGUGACCUACCUCCAAGAUGCUAAAGUUGAUGGGGCAGUCAUUGUGACGACGCCGCAAGAGGUCAGCCUCAUGGAUGUGCGGAAAGAAAUUAAUUUCUGUCGCAAGGUGGGACUGCCGGUUCUUGGGGUGAUAGAGAACAUGAGUGGCUAUGCCUGCCCGAAAUGCGGGCAUGAAGAGCGCAUCUUCUCACCUUCGACCGGCGGUGCCUUGGCGAUGUGUCAGCAGAUGGAGGUGCCCUUCUUGGGGAGUGUGCCCUUGGAUGGUCGUGUUGCUGCUGCUGGAGAUCAAGGGAUGCCCUUGUCGCAGUUGCAGCCCGACGGGCCAGUUGCCAAAUGCAUCGACAAAGUGAUCAACGCCAUCUUGAAAGAGACGGACAAGAAGUGA